UAUCAGUCAUCGGCUUAUGUACUCAAUCGCCACAUAACAACACGAUCGGCCACCAAAAGUUAUCGCCAAAUCAAAACAUAGCGCGACAAUCGCCCGCGUAAGGUGAGGAUCUCGGCCAGGUUGACCACGGUGGACACCGCACCAGCACGGCCAUGUUCAAAACGUUCGAAGUGCACCUGUUCGGGGGCAGUUUCGCCCUUCCGCUGCCGAUACUGGUCAGCGUAAUCAUCUCGAUCGGUGCUUACUUCGUGGGCCUCAAUCUGAUACCGAAGAUGAAGACGAUGUUCAUCGCGGCCAAGCUUUAUGGAACCGAUAUGAACAAAAAGUCCCAGCCGAAGAUUCCGGAAGCUUUCGGAGUGGUAACCGGUUGCAUCUUCUUGAUCUCACUGUUUCUGUUCAUUCCGGUACCGUUUGUGGGAAGCUUCUCGAAUGGAAAUAUGGAAGAGUUUCCCCAUCAUAAGUUUGUAGAAUUCAUUGCGGCAAUGCUCUCGAUCUGCUGCAUGAUUCUCCUGGGAUUCGCGGACGAUGUGCUGAAUCUCCGGUGGCGCGAUAAGCUCUAUCUGCCGACCAUUGCCUCCCUCCCGCUGCUGAUGGUUUACUACACCAACUGCAAUUCGACGACCAUUAUCCUGCCCAAAUUCGUGCACCAAUUUCUGGGCACCUCGAUCGACAUCGGUGUUCUGUACUACGUGUACAUGGGCAUGCUGGCGGUGUUCUGUACGAAUGCGAUCAACAUUCUCGCCGGGAUCAACGGGCUGGAGGUGUGUCAGUCGUUGAUCAUAGCCGGAUCGAUUAUAUUGUUCAACCUGAUUGAACUCUUCACCGGGCAGUACAGGGACGGGUACGAGUUUUCGCUGUACAUCAUGUUGCCUUACGCGGGAGCCACGCUGGCACUGUGGAAGUAUAAUCGCUACCCGUCGCAGGUCUUCGUCGGCGAUACAUUCAACUACCUGUCCGGGAUGACCUUCGCGGUCGUCGGUAUCCUCGGCCACUUCAGCAAGACGGUGCUACUGUUUUUCAUCCCGCAAAUCAUCAACUUCAUCUAUUCGGUUCCCCAACUGUUCCGGUUCAUUCCCUGCCCUCGCCAUCGGUUGCCGAAGCAUGAUCCGAAAACAGACUUGCUCAACUAUAGCAAGACUCAGUUCCGGGUCAGUGAUCUGAACGUGCUGGGCAAGUUGUCUUACUUCGUGUUCAAACAUGCCCGGCUAAUUAGAUGCGAAGAAGAGCAGGAUGGUGUGGUGACGUGCAAUAACUUCACCAUCAUAAACUUUGCAAUUCUGCUCACUGGGCCAAUCAAGGAGGAUAAACUGAACCGGGUGCUGAUCGUGUUUCAACUGAUCUGUACAGGGUUGGCUUUGGUCAUUCGGUAUCCGUUAGCGCACUAUUUCUACGAGUACUGAGUGCUGCCUCAGCAGAAAGCACCACGGAUGAAUUGAUGACUGAUCCACAUAAAAUUUUGUGAUGCGAAAGCAGGUGAAGAAGCCAAAGGUACGACUUUCAUCGAUAUUUUGUAAGUAUGAAAUGAAAAAGUUCUGUUUAGGAUA